UUUACGAUGACAACAACUAUGGCGGCUGCCAGUGGCAGAUUUGAAAGUGAGAGGAGUAUCGAAGAGCGAAAAGAACAGACCCGGGUUGCCAGGGCCGAGGUGUUGCGCCAGGCUAAAGCUAACUUUGAAAAGGAAGAAAGGCGUAAAGAACUUAAACGACUUCGGGGUGAGGAUACAUGGAUGCUACCAGAUGUAAAUGAGCGAAUUGAACAAUUCUCACAGGAACACUCUGUGAAGAAAAAGAAAAAAAAAGACAAGCAUUCAAAAAAAGUAAAGAAAGAGAAGAAAAAAAAGAGCAAGAAAGAGAAAUAUGAGAAGAACAAGGAGUCAUCUGAUAGUUCAUCUAGCUCUGAAGAGGAGUGGGUUGAAGCUGUUCCAUCCCAGACUUCUCACCAGGAAAAGGCCUGGAAAGUGAAAGGUGAAAAGUCAGAAAAAGAAGAUGACAGUAAAGUUAUUCAGAGGGAUGAGUGGAUGACUGUUGAUUUUAUGACUGUCAAAACUGUGUCAUCAUCAUCACUUAAAGCUGAAAAGGAAACUCAAAGGAAAAUAGAACAGGAGAAAACCCAAGCACUUGAGCAUUCCAAACUCCUGGAAAGAGAAUUGAAUCCAUACUGGAAGGAUGGUGGAACAGGCCUUCCACCAGAAGACUGUGGUGUGUCAUCGGUUACUAAAGUUUCAGGAGUAGAAGAUGGUGGAUUAAGCUGGCUAAGGAAAUCUUACCAGAGAAUGAAGGAGCAGGCUGAGAAACAAAAUAAAAAUCUGGAGGACAUUGUAGCUGAAAGAUAUGGGUCUAUGGAAAUAUUUCAGUCGAAAUUAGAAGAAGCUGAAAAAAUUGCAUCCAAAAAAGAAGAUUAUAGAAGAGAACGGUGGAGGAAACCAGCAUAUUCAGAUAUAACACAAAAUAGUCAAGAAAGUAGAAAAUCAGACUUUGUAAAAUACAAUAAAAGUUCAAAGGAUAGAUACAAUGCAACAGAUAUUGCAAAUUGUAGCAGUAAAGAUAAAUUUAUUGGGGAUGAAAAAGAUAAGAGAUCUGAAUCUUUAGAAACAUAUAGAAGAGAAUCUGUACCAAGGCAAAAUCGAGAGUUUUCUUCUGGGAAUUUGAGACCUAAAUUCUUAAGACCCUCUGAUGAUGAAGACUUGUCAUUUCACAACAAGAGCAGAAAUUUUGAACCAUCUCAUUCAUCUACAUCAUGGGCAGCUGAGGGUUCUUUGCGUUGUGGUUUUCGAAAACCUAUCGAAAACAGUGAGAAAACUUUAACAUCAUUGAGUGGAUCUGAUGGCAGUGAAGGAGGCAAGAAACAUUCAGAUCAAAAUCUUUCCGAAAUCAGCAGCAUUGACUGUGGACACAUUUCAGAAGAUGUGAAAGAAAAAUCACACCCUGAAAGUUUGCAAGAUGACCCUCCAAAAAGAGAAUAUCUGCAAGACACAAAGUCUACAUUUGCUGGCAGUGGUCCAGAGGAUGAGUCCAUCCACAUCCUGAGUGUUGAUGAGAAGAACAAGCUGGGAGCAAAGAUUAUCAAGGCAGAGAUGAUGGGGAAUAUGGAAUUAGCUGAACAACUUAAAGCCCAACUGGAGAAGGCAAAUAAAUUCAAAGAAACUAUAACACAGAUAUCAUCAAAAAAAUCUGGGGUAGAGAAUGAAGACCAGCAGGAAGUGGUCCUUGUCAGGACAGAUCAGUCUGGAAGAGUGUGGCCUGUGAACACACCAGGAAAUCCUCUGCAAGCGAAAGGAGGAAGAAGCAAAAGACAGAUGGUUUCAACCCAUGAGGAAAAAGAAAGAGUCAGAUACUUUCAUGAUGAUGAUAAUCUGAGCCUAAAUGAUUUGGUCAAAAAUGAGAAGAUGGGAACAGCAGAAAACCAGAACAAACUUUUUAUGAGAAUGGCAUCUAAGUUUAUGGGAAAAGCAGAUGGAGAUUAUUACACUUUGGAUGACAUGUUUGUCUCCAGAGCAGCUGAGAGAGAACGUCUUGGUGAAGAGGAAGAGAAUCAGAGGAAAAGAGCUAUUGCUGAGCAUCAGAGUCUUGCUGCACAAAUGGAAAAAUGUCUGUAUUGUUUUGACAGCUCUCAGUUUCCCAAGCACCUUAUUGUUGCCAUAGGUGUUAAGGUUUAUUUGUGUUUACCCAACUUCCAGUCUCUUACUGAGGGGCACUGCCUGAUAGUCCCUUUGCAGCACCACAGAGCAGCCACAUUACUAGAUGAGGACAUCUGGGAGGAAAUUCAGAUGUUCAGAAAAUCAUUGGUUAAGAUGUUUGAAGAUAAAGGUUUGGACUGCAUCUUUUUAGAAACUAACACGAACCUGAAGAAGCAGUAUCACAUGAUUUAUGAAUGUAUUCCUCUCCCAAAGGAAGUGGGUGAUAUGGCUCCCAUCUAUUUUAAGAAAGCCAUAAUGGAAUCUGAUGAAGAGUGGUCCAUGAACAAGAAAUUGAUUGAUCUUUCUUCAAAAGAUAUCAGAAAGUCUGUACCCAGAGGCUUGCCCUACUUCUCUGUGAACUUUGGUCUUCAAGGAGGGUUUGCUCAUGUCAUUGAAGAUCAACACAGAUUCCCUCAUUACUUUGGAAAGGAAAUCAUUGGUGGAAUGUUGGAUUUAGAACCAAGACUUUGGAGGAAAGGGAUUCGAGAAAGCUUUGAAGACCAGAGGAAGAAAGCCCUGCAGUUUGCUCAGUGGUGGAAACCGUAUGACUUCACCAAAAUGGAUAACCUUGCUUCCUAUUUUACUGAAGGAAUAAGAAGGAGAAAGAAAGGACUUUUGAUCAUAUCCAUGAAUAUACCUGCAUUUGUGUCCAUGUAUUAUAGUUUUAUUUUGAUAAUGGAUAAAUUAUUUUACUGUUUUUGUCUAGGACCAAUUCACUCACUUUUGUAUUGGAUUUCAUCCCUUCUCACUUAUUUAGUUGCCCCUUCUCUCUAAUUUAUUAGGUUUUUUCCUUCUCUGUGAAGGGCUAUUUCUUUUAGAAUACAACAACAUUCUGUAGUACAUCAAUAACAAUUUCUGGCAUCAUAUCCUCCUUUAACCAUUUCUCUGGUUGACGGCUGAACUCAUUUUUAAAAGAUCUGUUUCUUCUCUCUUCAGUCUUUUUCUAUUCUUUGUACAGUUAGACUUUAUCCUCAUCUGUGUUACUAAACUGUUCAUUGUGGGUAUCAUCAAUGACCUUCCACGUAGAUAAAUCUAGCAAAUAAUGUUCAGUGUUCAUUUUACUCUACCCGUCAGCAGACAUAUUUGAUCACUUCUUUUUACUGGCUUCUCUUCAUCUGCUCAACUUCCUAAAUGUUUACGUGACUAUAUUCAAGCCUUAGCUUUUGUUUUUUCUCACUAUACAGGCUCUCAAAGUAAUCUCAUGGUUAAAAUAGUUUUAAGUACAAUUUUUAAGUUGACUCAUUUCUUCAGCAAAUAUUUGUCUACCAUGUGCCAGCAGUAAUUCUGCAUGCUGGUGAUAGCUCAUGCUGGUAAUAUCUUUCUUUUUAAGAAGUUUAAAAAAGAGAUUACGGAUAGUGAAUAUUAAACAAAAUUAAUAAAUUACUUAGAAAAAAACAUAAAUAAUAAAUACUUUGGAAAAAACUAGCAUAGGCUAAAGAGGAUAUCUUUCAAAUUUAUAUCUUACUAUACACAUCAUCCCUAACUGCAGAUUCAUGUGUCCAAAACCAGCUUGACAUUUCUAUAGUAUCUGUAUCUGUAAUAGACAAAACUAUGCUGAACUCCUAAUUUUUCUUCUGUUCUGAUUAUUUAUUGCUGCAUUAAAAAUUACUUCAAAACUUUAUAGCUUAUUAUCAUAACAAUUUUUUUAUAUCUCAUGGUUUUUAGCUAAAGUGUUUGGUCUGAGCUUUGCUGGAUGAUUUGCCUCUUCUUCAAAUUAUGUAUAGGGCCUUAACUGGAGUAGUUCAACAUCUGGAGAUGACAGGGCUUUGUUCUUCACGUGAUAUUUGUUGGGCAUGGACUAUUCAGAAUGCUCCUUCACUCACAUGUCUGGUGCCUAGGCUAGACUGAUGAAAAUCUGGGCACUGGCAGGAGUCACUUUCUCCAAGUAUGGCUAUUUCAGAGUAGUUGGACUUGCUGUACAGUGUUUGGCUUCCUCCAGGGCAACCGUUGCAAAGAAUAGUUCUAAGACAUAAGAUGUAGAAGGUGCCAGUCUCUUCGAGUCUGGUCUCAGCUAUUGGUUCAACUUCAUUUUUGCUGUAUUCUGAUUGUGAGCACUGUUUUAGAGUCCACAUACAUUCAACAGGUAUUAUAAUCCUGCUUCUUGUUGGGAGGAAUGUGAAGUAACUUGUGACUAUCUUUCAUGUACCACAAUUUGUUCCUUGCCACAAAUAAACAUUCUUACAUGAUGAAUUUAUUCAAAAUUUGCUAAGGAAGACUAAUUCAAGUAGGGUAGUAGGCUUAGUCUUGAGGUUCAGCAUUUCAUACAAGACAUAUGCAGAAGGAGACAAGUUAGGUGUGUUUCCACUUAGUCUGAAGACCUGUAAACUGAUUGGGCAAAUUAUCUGCACCCCUUAUACACACAUACACACAACUCCUCCCACUCCCAAAACAUACUAUAUAGUAAGAGGAGUUUUCAUUAACACAGUAGGUAGAUUCAUUGAAAAAGAAAGAAAGCAAUAGGAACAGAGUAGCCACUAUUCACCAGUAAUUUUUAAAUUUUUACUCAUUUGCUCUGCCCUCUGUGUUUAGUUUAAAACUGAAUUAAUUUUUCUAAUGCAUGAGAAAUAACUCAAGAAUUAUGCUUCCAGAAAAGAUAGAAUAACUACAUUACUCUGGUACCUAAAACAACCAACUAGCAGUGUAUCCGAGUUUUCAAGAUGUGCAGUAAAGUACAGUGAUUUCUAAGAGAUGGGAAACAAAUGAGGUGAGCCCUACAGUUGGCCUGUUUUAUUGCUUUGAAAAAGUUUCUGUGAUAUGGUGCAAGAUUGGGGGAUCUAGUCAGAGCCUAUUGAUCUGCUCAAGUUGAGUAAAUAGAGCUGAGGGCUUAGAGAGAUGAAGACAAUAAGAACGACUUCUAGAAAAGAUUUUGAGAGAGAUCACUGCACAGAGAGAGAACUCCAGAGAUGUGUGGAGACCACAUUUGUGCCUUUGUGUACUGAUCAAUGCAUACUUAUGAGGAAACUAUGCCUGUGACUAGGCAAAGAUUGACCUACCUGAAAGAAUUAGAGGUAAUAUUUUCCACUGGCUUGAAUGAAAAGCUUUAGGAAUUUUGAAAUGGAAAUUGUGUAGAGUAUACCUAAUGGUAGUGUAUGGUGUAGAAUAAUUGCUCAGUACUCUAGACUAAUUAUUCAAAGUUUGAGCACUGAUAUAGUCUUGACAAACAGUUGUUAAAAAGUAAUUUAAUUUGUUUUCAAGAAACAUAAACUUGUUCCAGAAGAAAGCUCAAAAAUAUGUACAGGAAUAAAAAUAUACACAGUAGCUACAACAUGUCAAAUGUCUGACACUGAAUAAAAAUUAACAGCCAUGGAAAACACUGAAAUGAUAACUACAUAUGUCAGUAAAUGUUUUAUUCUCUAAAUUUCUUUAAAAGAUAUAUCAAUGUUAAAACUAGUAUGUGGAGGUUAUAAUAUGUAGAAAUGUAAUAAAUCAUAAUAUCACAAUAGAUUCCAAGAUGGCUGAAUAGGAAAAGGCAUAUUGCUCUAGGCUAUAGGUAAAUAGUAAAAAAAAGGAAAAAAAAAGGGGGGGGGGUACAUUCUCAGGGGAAAGUUAGAAAACCACACUAGAAAUUCUAUGGAAAGAAGAGAGAUGCCAUGGAUCUGUGUGGAAGGUGUGGAUGCAGAGCAUGAACAUGGCCACAACACGUGACCCUAGCAGCCGAGAGCCGGAGAAAGCAUCAGCUUUGGAGAGUGAGGUAAGAUCAGACUGACUGCAGCAGCCCAUGCCACUAGUGUUAUAGCCAGAGGGAAAGCUUGGUGUGAAUCAGGCCUGAAAUCCUAAGGGGGAUAGGAUACCCGCUAACUUGGUGAAAAAAAAACAGGGCAUGUUUCUCUCUCCCAGUUCCCCCACAACAGCAGCCAGCAACUGGCUAAGUGAAGUGGGCAACAUUUUGGGCAUCAGCAGCAGCUGCAGGAGCUAUUGUGUGUGCACCCAGCAACUGGCCGGGACAAGAUAACAUCUUGUCAGCAGUAGCAGCGACAACAGAUUUGGUGUGUGCACCCAGCAACUGGCGGGAGGAGGCAACAUUGUGAAAUGAGUAGGGGCUGCAGUCAGUGGCUCUUUGCAUGGGUGUGAUCCAGGGAUUCUACCAAAGGGAAAAAUCCAUGUUCCCCACUGACUUAGAGUCUGGUGGAGAGGGGGAGGAGUCCACCGGGGGCUGGGCACCCACAUAUGACUGCGAGGUGCUUCCAGCCUCUCAAAAUACUACAGGUUCCAGGGCUCAAACCACUUAGGUGGAGCAUCAACAGGCAGCUAGCUCUGAGAAUGUGCGUCUCUGUAGCUGGGACAGGCUGUUGGGGCAGAGUUGGAUCCUCUGCACACUGUGACUGUGGGAGCCUUGUGUGCUGAGAAUGUGGAAACCCUGUGGCUGCAUGAUAGGGUCUAAGUGUAGCUGGGUCUCUGAGCAAUCAAUGUGAAUGGCUGUACAUGCUCAGAGCUCCCUAAUUGCCUGGGGUGGGUCAUUGCAAUGAGACCCAUGUUCACACUGAGGACUUCACAGACCCUUUGUGCUGUUCAUACGGCAAUGCAGAUGAAUAUUACACUCACUGUGGGCUAAUACCUCAGAUUUCAUCACUUUGGGAGAGAGGAGGUGAGGGUGUGAUUACACCAACAAAGGUAUCAUAUCUUCCUUUCUGUUAAAAAGAAAUCUGUUCAUUGUGAUUUAAUGCUAUAACUAGUACUCCAACAGUAUGUUUCACUUUGUGUUUCUAAGUGGGUGCAAACUGUUGAAAUCUUUACUUAAUAUAUACUAAAUUUGUCUUCUGUAUAUAAAGAGAAUUGAAAAUGAAUCUUGAUGUGAAUGGAAGGGGAGAGGGA